AUGGCUUCAUCAAGCUUUUCACCAGCUGCACCUCAAGUAUUCAAUGGAGAAGGCUAUCACAUAUGGGUGGUCAAAAUGAAGACUUACCUGCAGGCUUAUGAUCUGUGGGAGGUGGUCAACUCAGAUGUUGAACCAGAACCACUUAGAGGCAAUCCAACAGUGGCUCAGAUCAGGCAGCAUGCUGAUGAGAGGACCAAGAGGCACAAGGCCAUGUCUUGCAUUCAGAACUCAGUGUCAGAUGUGAUUUUCACAAGGAUUAUGGCCUAUGAAUCACCAAAACAGGCCUGGGAUAAGUUGCAAGAAGAGUUUCAAGGGACAGAGAGGACAAGGCGAAGAAUUCUCGAAUUUGAGGAGAGAUUUCGAGAAUUUAAAGAUGAAGGAAGAAGAAAGCGUCAAGCAAUAUUCGGCGGAUUAUGGCAAGAAGGCACGAGAGACAAGCCAAAGAAUGAUCUUUGCGAGAAGAGAAGGUCAAACUUGCAAGCACUUGUAGAAGGGUGGUCAUCCGAAGAAAAAUCUUGGUUCAAUCCAGAUGCUGUUUGUCAACAUUGUAAGAAGAAGGGUCAUGUUGAGAGAGUUUGCAAGAGCAAGACCAAAUCAAGACAGAACCAGUCUCAACAGAUGAAAGCUGAGGCUCGAGUAGCUAAGGAGGACAGUGACCAAGAGGAGCAAGUCUUUGCUGUGUCAUGCUCAGCUGCUCAGGAAAGGCUCUCAUCUGGUUGGCUCCUAGACAGUGGAUGCACCAAUCACAUGACACCUGAUGCUGCAAUCUUCAAGUCUUUAGACAGAAACUGUAGAACCAAAGUCAAAAUUGGUAAUGGGCACUUUAUUCAAGCUGAAGGCAAAGGUGAUGUGCUGAUAUGCACUCCCACAGGUGCCAAAAUGAUCUCAAAUGUGCUCUGGUGCUCGAAUUGA